UGAAGAAAAACGCAAAGCUGGAAAUAAUCUUUUCAGCACCGUUUUCCGUGGAUAGCAGAAGUUUACUCGUCAACAACACACACAGUUCGGACCAUCUGGCCAAGGCGAACGGAGGCUCCUCAGCCAACUUGGUUUUUACAACCAUUUUGUUGGGUUUCUCAGUCAGUUGGUCUUUGGUGUGUGUGAGAGAGUAGUUUGGGUCUUCGAAAGGAGGAAUAACUGAGCGAUUCACCAGAGCUUUUGUUCGCGCUGUUUGUGGCUAACUGGAUCCGUGUGAACUGAAUAGCUGCUAACUCCAAACAGCUUCGGGGUGUGAGAAGGACCAUCAACAGUCAGCGCCCGCGGCGGUAUUUUAUCCCUUUUAUUCAACUCUUUCGGCUUCUAUUGUUCUUUUAUUCAGAGCAACUCUAGUUCGGAUGCAGCAGCAGGACUAAACACAACUAGCACUGUCUCUCAGGGAAACCUAACGGGUUUUUUUCCCUCUCGAAUUUGAUCCCCCGUUGGAGCAACUUUUUGUUUUGCCGCCUUUUGGUGUGUGUAAGUCGGGCUGUGCUGAGGAAGGCUGUUCGGCUAGUAGCAUCGAUGCGGUACCGGGGCUGCUGUUAGCUGGCUAGUUCGCCUCGCGCUAUUGUGUUCACCCGUUGCUGUUAUUCCAGCCCGUCGCUGCCUGCCGCACGCUCCUGGCCACCGCGCGCCCAGAAGCCCUUCUUUUCUCUCCAGAUUUUCGGUUAGUCGGUUUAAAAGAAGAGAAAGAUGUGUUCCCGGGUGUGGUACCUGACCGACAGAAGGAUCCAUCAGGAGUAUCCGCAGACGCAGAUCCUGCGGGCGCUGAAGGAGCGAUGCGCCGACGAGGAUAUUGAGUUCCGAUAUGUGCUCAUGGAUCAGAUAGUGCUCACCAUCACCGAGGGCCAGCUCGGGCUGCGCGUGGACCAGGAGCUGGUGACGUCGUACCCCCAGGUUGCCGUGGUGAGAGUCCCCACCCCCUGGGUGCAGAGCGACAGUGACAUCACCGUGCUCCGCCACCUGGAGAAGAUGGGGUGCCGCCUCGUUAACCGAUCACAGGCCAUUCUCAACUGUGUCAACAAGUUCUGGACAUUCCAGGAGCUCGCUGGACACGGAAUACCCAUGCCGGACACAUACUCAUACGGGGGCCAUGAUAACUUCCGCAAGAUGAUCGAUGAGGCGGAGCCUCUGGGAUACCCUGUGGUCGUCAAGAACGCACGCGGACACAGAGGUAAGGCGGUGUUCCUGGCGCGGGAUAAGCACCACCUGUCGGAUCUCUGCCACCUGAUUCGCCACGAGGCCCCGUACCUCUUCCAGGAGUAUGUGCGUGAGUCUCACGGCCGCGACGUGCGCGUGGUGCUGGUGGGGGGCCGCGUCAUCGGCUCCAUGCUGAGAUGCUCUACUGACGGCCGCAUGCAGAGCAACUGCUCUCUGGGUGGGGUGGGCAUGAUGUGUCCUCUUAGCGAGCAGGGGCGUCAGCUGGCGGUGCAGGUCUCCAACAUCCUGGGCCUUGACGUGUGCGGCGUGGACCUGCUGCAGCUGUCGGACGGCUCCUUCAUGGUGUGCGAGGCGAACGCCAACCUCGGCUACAUCGCCUUCGACCAGGCCUGCGGCCUCGACGUGGCCGGAAUCAUUGUGGACUACGCCCUGUCGCUGCUCCCGGGCCGCGCCGGAACGCUGGCGCGCAAGAUGUCGCUCCUCUCGCUCGUCUCCAGCGCCAGCGAGACCUCCAGCGACCCGGGCGAGGUGGCGAGCGUCAUCGGAGGAGGGUAUCCCACCAUGCCCGGGGUGGGUGGCGGCGGCGACGGCGUGGGCGUGGGGGGGUACCCCAUCCUGCCCCCCAGUGGCGGAGAAGGGGACGGGGAGGGGGAGGGGCCGAACGAGGCCGUGUGCACGAUGAGCGUCGGAACCACGUCGAGCGAGAGCGACCCCGAGCUGGGCGACCCCGCCCCCCCGCCACCCCCUCCCAUCACCAUGGCAACGGCCAUGGCCCCGCCCCCCACCUGCUGCUCGGCCGCCACGGCCAAUGAGACGGCUCCGUUCAUCUACAACAACAUCAAGCUGCUGGCCGAGUGAACUGGACUCACAACGCUAAACUGACUGAGAACGCAAACAGCACACACACAUACACAUCAACACACACACACACACACACAUGCAUAUCAACACACACACACACGUGCAUAUCAACACACACACACGUGCAUAUUAACACACACACACACACACACACACAUACACUCCUGACUGAGUGAUACAUACACGCGGGACACUGGGAGAACACACACACACACACACACUCUUGACUGAGUGACCCACACACACACUCUCUGAUGUUUACACACAUAUUGAUGCUGAUACCCCCCCUGACCUGAUAUGACUGGCAUGAAGGAUACAAUGAACUGCUGAUCAGCAAGCACUCUCCGAAGGACACACACACACACACACAGACACAUACACACACACACACACACACACACACACACACACACACACACACACACACACACACAUAUAUGAGCGUAUAAGCUUCCCUUUUCCCCACAAACACACACACACACACACACACACACACACACACACAUUCUAGCGUAAACACACAACACAUACACACACAUUCCGUGUUGUACUAACUGAGUUGUGUGGAUGGGAGGAGGGGGGCUGCUUCCAAAGUGAGAAUGGGGGAGAGAGAGAAAGGGAGGGAGAGAGAGCGAAAGGGAGGGAGAGAGAGCGAAAGGGAGGGAGAGAGAGAGAGAGAGUGUGUGUUAGGGUUAUGGCAUGAUGUGCCAGGUUAGGCUAGCUGUUUUUUUGCGCACGCACACACACACACACACACACAUCCUGUUAUGAUGAUGCAGAAUUCACCUUCUGUGAAAAGACACGAACACCUCCGAUACAGUUUACACACACACAAACUCCCUCCC